GGAGCGAUCAGUCUGUAUACAGCUAGCGUUCCAUACGCACGGUGGUUUCGUUACAGUUGCUCCACUACGAUAAAGUACAAACUUGGCUGAACAACUAGUUGUUCCUUUGCCAAUCUUUACAACCUAUUGUUUACAAAUAAAAUCUGUCGAAGUUUUAGAACUGGCCAGUAACAGUUUUAUUUGAAAACAGAACACGAACUAUUUAAGAGGAAUAUUGUUACGAAAACUUUUAAGUGUUUUAUUCUAAAUCUAAAAUAGUUUAAAAAGUUAUAGAUUUAAUUAUUAGACUAAUUUAUUGUUAUUAAAAAUAAAACUCAUUGAACGUGCUGCAGUGUCGUUUAAAAGAAAAGUUCUGCAAUAAAAAGAUGGACUGGCAAUCAACCACAAGCAUCGAGAAGAUAUUGUGGCGAAGUUAACAUGACAUCAACACACAACGCCAGCGGGCAUAAUGACGUGCCGUCCGCAAUGGCUGACAAAUUUGAACCGUCUACGAUGGGGUACAACGGAUCACAUAUGGGCAGGGGAGUCAUCCAGAUCCUUACGAAAACACUCGCUGGAGAAAGCAUGGAUGUUAUUGAUGAACCCAAGAAUAAAACAACAGAUAUCAUAGACGUCGAUAUUGUACAAGUAGCUUUUUGCAUUCUUUAUACGUUGAUUUUCGUUUUGGGAGUUUUCGGAAAUGUUUUAGUUUGCUACGUCGUUUUUAGAAACCGAGCAAUGCAGACAGUGACAAAUCUUUUCAUAACAAACUUGGCAUUAUCAGAUAUAUUACUAUGUCUCUUUGCAGUACCACUUACACCUAUGUACACUUUUAUAGGACGAUGGGUGUUUGGAAGGCUUCUUUGCCAUCUCAUGCCGUACGCUCAAGGGACCAGUGUCUACAUAUCUACUUUGACUCUCACUUCUAUAGCGAUAGACCGGUUCUUUGUAAUUAUUUAUCCUUUCCACCCAAGAAUGAAGCUAAAUACUUGCAUCUUUAUUAUAGUUUUCAUUUGGGUAUUUUCUUUGGUAGUGACAUGUCCAUACGGUCUCUUCAUGGGCCUGCUAAUUACAAGAAACAAAACUUAUUGCGAGGAAAGCUGGCCUUCAGAUAGGUCGAGGAGGAUUUUCGGAGUUUUUACCACUGUACUGCAAUUUUUAAUACCAUUUUUAGUUAUAGCUGUAUGUUACACUUGUGUUAGUAUAAGACUGAAUGACCGCGCUAGGUCAAAACCAGGUGCUAAAAAUACCAGAAGAGAGGAAGCUGAUAGAGACAGAAAGAAAAGAACAAAUAGAAUGCUCAUAUCUAUGGUAGCCAUAUUUGGGAUUUCGUGGUUACCCCUUAAUUUGAUAAACAUAUUCAACGAUUUCUAUGCACAAAUGACUGAGUGGAAUUACUACUAUGUGUCAUUUUUCCUCGCCCAUUCAAUGGCAAUGGCAUCAACAUGCUACAACCCAUUUCUUUAUGCAUGGCUGAAUGAAAACUUUAGGAAAGAAUUUAAACAAGUUCUACCCUUUUUCGAAUCAACAGGAGGCGUCAGAAAUAGUUACCAUUCCGGGAGAAUGCCAACGCAUAAAGCUGACAAAAUAUGCAAUGGUAACGAGACAAUUCAGGAAACGCUAUUAGCUUCCUCAUUUAAUAGGCCACCUUCCAUAAAACAGAGAAUGUUAGAGGGAAACGGCAGAAAAGACAAUGGUGUGGAAGUCGAGAGUAUAUUACUUGAGGAGAAAACAAUCUCAGCCACGUUUCACACUAAAAGUGAGAAUAUUAAUCUGCAAUUAAUAGACGAAGAGUCACAGCUUAGUGAGCCGAAGGACCCUAAAUCGCCUGUUAUAUAAUUAAGCAACACCGAUUACACAACGAGUUUGAAACGACAAAAUAAUUUUUAAUAAUCAUCUUGGUAAUGAAUAAAAAUUAUGAAUGUGACAUAUUUUAUACUUCAAUAAUACCUACAUUGAUAUGAAUGUGUGUUAUGUAAUUUUAUUUGCUUGCUGUGAUCAUUUUUGGUACUUAAUAAUAAAAUAUUGUAUUUUAAUUGUAAAAUUAAAACUUAGUAUAUAAUAUAUUAUCAUGUUGAAUAAGUAUGUAAAUAUUUAUGUCUAUUAUUUAGAUUUAAUUUUCAAUGUUAGUUCAUAAAUUAUAAUACAUAGAAGCUAUACAAAUAAUUAUAUUUAGUAUAUGAAAAAAUAAACAAAUAUACUUUAAAUUGUGCAAGUAUCCAAAGGCCUACGUUAAGAUUUCAUUUUGUUGUAGAUAAUUUUUUUAGAAAAUAAAAUGUUAGUGACUAAGUUUAUAAAGCUUUGUAGAUUUUGAUUGGUGUUUUUCACAAUAAACUUAUGAGCCCUAUUUCAAACUUAUAAUCUGAAUAAGUUUUCGCCAGUUUAUGAAUUAAAAUUGUAUAUAAUUAUUAUAUUAGAAUAUAAAUUAUUAUAUAUUUAUAUUAAUUAUUUUUUUUAAUGGCGAAAAUCAUAUUCCCUAUUGAACGUAGCUAACGAAGCGGAUUAAUUUGUUGUUUCAAAUUAUUUCUUUUUUUUUAUUGAGAAAAACUUGAUAGUUAUACAAAGGCCUCAUAAUUAGAUUUAAAUAAUCAAGGAUAUGAAUUCUAUCAUUAUUUGUAAUAUAUCCACAAAAAAAAUUAUUAAUUUGUAUAAUAUUUUCUCCAUGAAAAAAAAAAUCUAAAUUUUUUGUGUUAAAAAACGAUACAUUUUUCUCAAAGAAUGAAUAAGAAAUUCUAUUUGUUAACAUAUAAAUUAUUAUUUUUGAACAUUAGCUUAAUUACAUUAUAAUUAUCUAUAUUAAUAUUAUAAAGAGAAAAGAUCUGAUUGUUUGUUUGUAAUAGAUAAACUCAAAAACUACUCAACCGAUUUUAAUAAUUCUUUUACCUACAGAAAAACGCAUUAUCAACAAAUAACAUAACCUAUAUAUUAUUUUCGAAUAUUCUAUCUACCCGAGCAAAGCCGAGUAGGGUCGUUAGUGUUUUAUAUUUCACUUAAAUUACUGGGAAAAUAAUUUUCUGUAGAAGUUAGUUUCUAAUUUUUGCCAGACGCUACGUUUUAUAGGUAAGUAUUAAAGUUUGAAAUUUUGAGUUUAUUAAAAAACACAAAUCAAAUUUUAAAAUAUAAUAUAUAAAUAUAUUUUAUGUAAAUAUUUAAUUUUAAAAGAGUUUAGGAAAAGAAAGUAAAUUAUUACAAAUUGUAAAUAAUUCGUCAAUGUAAUUAUAUAACAAAUCGCUUUCACUUAAAAAUUUUAAUAGUUUAUAUUAGCAUACAUACUAGCAUUACGUUAGUAGGAUAAAUGUUUGCUGUUGGAAUUAUAAUAUUGUGGAAAAUAAAUGAGGCUGGUUU